AUGGCUGAGGUCGCGGAGCCUUGGUUCUCCAAGUGGGAGCGGCAGUGCCUGGCCGAGGCCGAGCAGGAAGAGCAGCUGCCCCCCGAGCUGCAGGAGGAGGCGACCGCUGAGGCGGCGGGGCUGAAGAGCGAGCAGCAGAGGCUGUGGCACCUCUUCCAGAACUCUGCCACGGCCGUGGCCCAGCUCUACAAGGAUUCCGGGUGCCAACAGCCAGGACUGUCCAUGUGGGACCCCUUCCAGAGUGCGGCCAUGGCCGUGACCAGCCUCUACAAAGAGAGCGGGGAUGCCCACCAACGAAGUUUCGACCUGGGCGUCCAGGUUGGCUACCAGCGUCGCAUCAAAGAUGUGCUGGAGUGGGUGAAGAAAGGCCGGAGCACCAUUCUCCGCGAAGACCUGAUCAGCUUCCUGUGUGGCAAAGUGCCCCCCGCGCCUCCGCGCCCCCCCAGGACGCCCCCGAAGCCGCCCGCCGGGGCCGCCAGCCAGGCCGCGGCCACCGAAUCCAGCUCCUCGGUGGAGGUCGACUUGCAGCCCUUCCACGAGGCCAUCGCCCUGCACGGCCUCAGUGGCGCCAUGGCCAGCAUCAGCGUGAGAUCCGGCACCCCCGGCUCCCCGCCUCAGGCCGGCGGUGGCGCCAGCAGCGCGCGCCAAAAAAGUAGCUUCCUCGAAGACGACUCGAGUCCGUGCGACUCAGAAGAACUGGCCCUCCGCCUCGACAGUGCGGGCAGCCGCAAGCGCACCUCGGCCCACUGCGGCGAUGGCCCCUCAGACUCCCCAACCCACAAGCGCAACCGAGUGGUCUAAACUGCCUCACUGCCUCGUUGGUCGCCAGCCGCCAUAUUGCUUGAGCGCUAACUCGACCGUCAACAUGCUUGUCGAAAGGAUACUCGAGACCAUCUCUUCCUUCUCUAAGUUAAACAAAGAUUUCUAUGAAGUUUGCCACAAAGAAACUUUAAAAGUAUUCCAGAAGAGGCCUCGUAUGACUGACUUUCCCCAAAAUAUAAUCCUAGCAGAGAACAAGUAUAAUGUAGUAGUUAGCAAGAUCAUUUAAAGCAGAAGUAUCCGGUCAAGGCGAGAGCCUGGAUUAUCUUGUUCACAGUUAUAUUCCUUAGCACCUAGUACAGUUGCUGGUGCUCAAUAAAUGUUUGUUGAAUGAAUAAAUGUGACCUUAUUUAAAAUUCUUAAAGGGGAAGGACUAACAGAUGUUUACUUGGUGAUAGGAUACUUUUAUCCUUUAUCAUUUGGUUGGUUGGUUGCUUUAACCGUUUUUGCCAGUUCAAUUACAUUUUGUCAAAAUGUAAAACUCGACGACUUUGUGAAA